ACAAGACUUAAUGACUCGAAAAAAACACUUGUGGAGGAAGGCAUCCAGAUCGUUAUGCAUGGACCUGUACCGGUUCUAUAUAUGGUGGAAGGUUUUCUAUAGCUUCCAUAGAACCGACGACACAAGUUACGUACUAACUCAGCUGCUAUAUCCGAUCAAUUGAUCAGGGACUGAUCGAGCUGAGCCACGUACGGAUCUCCUGAGAAGCUGCAGAACCACCAUGACUCUUCUCUCCACGGGUGCGCCGCCGCCAGCUCCUCCGUCGGAGAUCUCCCACCCCAGCCACCCGGAGCACAAUCUGACGCUGGUGCCGACGGGCCAGGAGGUGUUCAACUGCAACGGCUGCCGCGAGAACGUCACGGGGGCCGACAGAUACACGUGCAAGACCUGCAAGUUCGACCUCCACGAGGCCUGCAACCUCGCAGAAGGAACCAGGCUGGUGCACCCGCUGCUGCCCAAGAGGACGUUCGAGCUCCGCCUCGAGGCCCCCCGUUCCAGCGAGCGAUGCAGCGCCUGCGGCGCCCACGUGAAGGGCAUCCACUACCACUGCGGCCGCAAGAACCUGUACCUCCAUCCGUGCUGCGCGAAGCUUCCUAUGGAGAUCCCGCUGGGCGACCAGCUCACGUUCGAGCUCGUCGAGAAGGGGUCUAACUGCUGCACCGAGUGCAGGAAAGGGGGCGGCGUCAGGGAUUACUGGUUCUACCGCUCCACCUGCAAGACCGUGUACCUGCAUGUCAGCUGCGCGAAAGAGGGUUUUCUUACGCCGGGCUCAAGUAGUACCGAGCCCGACGUCGACGAUCAUGGCAGCCUGGCCCGUUUCGUCAACGACACUGCGUCGCGGAAGCACAAGCACGGGCCAGGGAAGUCCGGGCAGAACUGGGAAAUAAUAGUCGACAUCAUUAAGGCCCUGACGGGCAUCAUCAUCGCGGUGCUCACUGGAAAUCCGGCGCCGUUAAUUCUUGCAGGUUUCGAUCUGGGCUCCAACGUCAUCAAAUCCUUGAGAACCAGGUAGCUAGCUAGCAGCUUCAUCCAGCUUGCUCAUCCUCAUCGUUCUACGGGUUGCAUAAUGACAUAUAUUCUACUUCUUGCGUUCCAUAAUGUAGCGUGUCCGUGUUUUCCAAAAUUUAAAUUUAAUUAUAAAUUUAACCAACCAGAAUAAUUGCGGAGGAAUUUAAAAUUAUACCAUUGAAUUCAUACUUAAACAAAGUUUUUAAUGGUAUAAUUUUUUGCUUCGGUCGUAACCAUCAACAUUGGUUCAUUUAUGAUUAAAAUUAAAUCUUGAAGAACACCGACGCACUGCAUUAUAGAAUGAAGGAAGGACGUACUAUCCUACUG